GUGAUGUCACCUCUCAGGUUGCAAACUUCAAGUUGGGGAAUUUUCAUGAACUCCUCCUACAAACAGGAGGACUUAUUUAUUGAAUCCCUGCUUCAACUCAGCAGCUCCUCUGUCCGAGUAUCUUCACCAGUUUCUUUGACUCAGCUUGAAAACAAAGACCUGAUGGCGUCAGAUGGAUUUCCAGCCAGUUUCUAUGGAGAACCAGGAGUGUUGGGCAUGUUAUCCAAUGGGAUCAGUGCAUUCCUCGUUCUUCUGCAGAACUUCCACACAGCACACACUGGCACUGCACCAGCCGGGGUGGAGAACAUCCUAGCAGGUGUCCAUCUCAUCCUGAUUGGUGGUGUAUGCCAACUAGUUGCAGGAAUGCUUUCCUUUAGAAAAUACGAUCAUCUGAGCGGCACUGCCUUUAUUGGCUACGCUGCACUUUGGGGCAGUUAUGGUGCCACUAGAAUCUACUUUGGUGCCUCAGCUCAAACCCUAACAAUAAUACCUUUGCCAGCUCAAAUGAUGAACAAUUUGUCCCUGUCCACUAAUAUCACGAGCAACAUGUCUCUGACCUCCACCAUGGUGAUCCCAGUUUGCCAUGUAUGCCUGUCCAUAAAGGAGACAGCCAUUGCUGGUCUGGUCCCCUACAUCCUUCUGUCCUUUCUCCUCGCCUUCUGCUCUGCCACAGUCAACUACAUCAUGCCUUUGGUUUUCGGGGCCAUCACAGCCACCUUAGUCUUUGAAGCAGUGGGUCUGGUAGCGAGCUCCUGGGCUCUCGUGGUCUCUGGGGUUCUGGAGUUGCUUAUUCUGAUUUUUGCCAUCUAUGGUUCAGCUGCACUGCUUGGAAAAGGUCUGACUCAACGUCUAGUCCUCAAAGGCUUUGGUACCCCUCUCUUUAAUGUCCUCCUGCUCGGGACCACCAACUCAGGUAGCGCCCAGAGAAUUGGCCAAGAGAAGAAGAAAAAUACAAAAUAUGCUGAGCCGAUGGCCUUGGGUUUUUUCUGUGACACUGUAGCCCCCUUCAUCUUUGCUUUCUACAGCUUUGGGUACAUUAAGUCUUUUGGUGUUGGAGUGGCAUGGGUCUCAAUCAUCACAGUUGCCCAGCUGUUCUCCAGCUAUUACGCCCAUCUGCGCCAAGACUGCUACCACACCACUAAGUUUGGUCUUCAUGCCACAUAUUGGCUGAUCAAGGCUUGGGAUGAGUUUGUGCUAUCUGCUCUGGUUUUGGAGGACGGCAAAGUGGCCUCAGGGAGGGAAGCAAUGGUGGGGAAUUGGUUCUUUGUGAUGGCAGGUGUGGUGCUCUGCGUGGGAAGCCUCAACACAGAUGUCCUGGAGCUGAUCCACAACCUGCUGUUCGUCCUGCUCACGCUCUCAACAAUCCCCCAGAUUGCUCUCCAGGGAUACUACAUCUUCUUUGGUGUAGCUUGCUCCCUGUUCACCGCAGCCUCCCUGUAUUGUACCUUCUCGCGUCUCAUCAACACCAUAGCAGAGAAGUCUCUGAUCCCUGUGGGACCCCAGCCCAUCUCCUCUGAGAUGUUGAAGAAGGCUCUCAUGUGCUGCAGGGCCAAGCAGGGAGACCAGGAGGCGCAGCCCCAAACUGACCAGGGAUCAGACGCCCUGUUCUACAUUUCUAAUGGGGUUGCAGCUCUCUCAGCUCUUCAUGCACGUUCUUCCAGUUUGAAUCCUGCCUUCCUUCAUCUGACUGUCCCCUGGGUCCUGAUCUCUGGAGCCAUCAUCCAGGCCUAUGUCAGCCGGCUGCAGGUCACAGGAGGGGGUCGUUUUGGUUCAGUCAUUCCAACCAUCUACGUAGCAGUAUGGGCAACCUGGACCUGGUUUAGGUUUUCAGGCAACCUGCUUCAGCUCUCCGCAGAGGCAGCAUACGGUUUCACAGCAGGAGCCAUUGCUCUCCUGGUCAUUAACGCUUUCCUUAUGCUCAUUGCUGCCUAUAGGAACCUGGUUUUGCUGUUUCUAACAUCAGUCAUGGAGGUCGUUCUGGUAUGUUUCCUGCUUUCCACUCUGCAACGACUUCCAUAUGAAUUAGAAAUUGCCAUGCUUGCACUUUUUUCAACAAUUUGUAUAUAUGGGGCUCUGGCGUCACUGGUGAACUGCAUCUUCUCACAUAGACUUCUGCCUAUGGGCCCUCCCUUGAUAAAGGAGAAAGUGAGGUGGGAGUCUGUUCCAGAGCUGCCCUGUCCUGUUGCUAAUUCUCGACUCACCAGCAGCCUCAUGAAGAUCGCUGGCCUUCUGGAGGAAGGAGGAGUGUGCGGUAUUCCCACAGACACUGUGUAUGCCCUGUCUGCCUCCUGCAAGAACCCCCGAGCUAUUGAGAACAUCUACAAUAUUAAAGACAGACCAGCAGAGAAGCCCAUCUGCAUUUGUAUCUCUAAUGUGGAGCAGCUGGUGGCAGCCAAGCCUCCCUUCAGCCCUCUGCUCUGGGAGUUUAUGAGGAACGUGUAUCCAGGAGGCAUCAGCUGCAUCGUCAGCAAAGGAGACUGGCUCUUCAAACUAGGAGUUGGUCCAGCUUAUGACCGUGUUGGCACUAAGGACAGCAUCAUGAUCCGAGUCCCUGACCACACAGUGACCGGCCACCUAUGUGACAUCACCGGACCCCUUGCUAUUACAUCAGCCAACCCCAGCGGAGAGCCAGACAGCACCCACCACACCAUGGUCAUCAAUCGACUGGGACACAAGCUCCAAGGGGUUCUGUGUGACGGGGACUCAAAUGAAGUUGUUGCUUCUACUGUGGUCAACUGCCUCAAAAUUGAUGAAGGAACCAUCACCAUUGUGAGGGAAGGUUGUGUCCCUGCCGUCAAAGUCCAUCAGAUCUUCGAACGAGUGAAAAGCACUAUGGUGUGAUUCUCUUGCACUCAAUUUCUCCUCUUCAUGACUGAUACCCCAUAAGAUUGGCUUGUUUAGCUCCCCUAUUUCCCUUCUACAAUCUCAGGGCGACUUUAUAAGUAACAGCGUAUGUUGUGUGUGUGCAAAUGUUAGAAUACAAAUAACCUUUUGUAGUUCACAAUGCUCUUGAUAGAUACUUGACAUUCUCAGCAAAGACCUUGGGAAAGAUACUGUUUCUUUGCUGUAUCUGCUGAACUUUUUAUUUACUAUAUAACACAAUACAAAAUAUAUUUAUGGACCUACCAUUGUAAAUGUUUGGUAAUUAUGUAAUAUGUAUGUAUACAUUUAAAUUAUCCAUUAUGUUGACAUGAGUUUUGUUGAAUAGAAAAAUUACCCGGUUACUGUAUCUAAGCUAACGGUGGAAACAAUGAA